AGAAUGUCAGUCCCUCUUCAUCUACGAGAACGAGCAGAGCCUGUGUGCUGUGUAGCUGUAGUGUAGCCUACAUACAUGCUUAAAAUGUGUAGCUAUAGUGUACAUACAUACAUACAUACAUAAAAUGUCACGAUCUAUCAAAGAGUUUAUUGUCCACUAUGACCCCAUUAACGAUAGCAAUAUUUUUACUAGUGGGGACAUUGUGGAGGGGCGAGUUAUUUUGGAAGUGACCAAAGAAAUAAAGGUGGAUAGUUUUUUUGUGAAGCUCACGGGAGACGCAAACGUGAGCUGGUCUGAAGGAUCAGGCGACAAUGAAACAACCUACAGCGACCAUGAGAGAUACUUCAAAAUAAAGCAAUACUUCAUUCAAGAGAGCUCGAAAAAAGGCCAAAGUGAAAAGAAUACCACUCUUGUAAGUGGAGAGACUUAUGGACCAGUGAUUAGACCAGGAAGUUAUGUUUUUCCAUUCAGAUUUCAGCUGCCUCAACAAAAUAUGCCUUCAUCUUUUAAAGGAUAUUAUGGCUCAGUUAAGUAUGUCAUGACCGUAAAGCUGAAGAGGCCGUGGAGGCCAACAUCUACUACAUGUACAGAAUUAACCUUUUUACCCAGGAAUGAUGGGAUUAAUGAUCAUUUACUGCAACCACAAUCUGGCACAGAAGACAAGAAGAUGAAACACUUUGGCUCAGGGAAAAUGUCAAUGACAGUAACAACAGACAAAACUGGCUAUUUGCAAGGUGAAACAAUCCGAGUUUCUGUUGAUGUUGACAACUCUUCAUCUCGUGACGUCAAGCUAAAGUACAGCCUCAAGCAGAAACAGACGUUCAAGGCUGAAGGGAGCACUAAUAAAGGAUUUAAGGUUAUAGUCAAAGAAACUAAAGAUCGCAUCCCAUCUGGAGAAAAGGCAAAAUUCAUAGUGGACAUGAACCUUCCACGUGACCUGACUGUCACCAUUGAAAACUGCAGAAUUAUAAAAGUGCAGUAUGAACUCAAGGUGUCUCUGGAUGUGUCUUUCGCCUCAGAUCCAGCAGUCAGAUUCCCUGUGGUUAUUCUUCCAGCUGACUGGCAAGGCCUACCUGCAGGAUUCCAGUCAUAUCCACCACCUCAGCCUAACCUUGUGCCCUAUCCUGCUGGACAACCACCUCCAUAUGCAGAACUUUACCCCAACUUAUAUGACCCUACAGCUCUACCCCAUCCAGGAGCUGCUGCAGGGCUUUAUCCAGAUCCAAAUGCAGAGCUGCCUGGUUUCCAUCCGACUCCAUCUGCACCAGUUUAUGAUCCAAAUCAAAGCACUAAAGAAUCCUCCCCUAAUGUGUCUUAUUAGUCUCCUUCACCAGACAAACCUCUGACCACCACUUAUGAUGUGUCAAUUAUAACUUCAUGGUUUUAUCUGCAUGAAUUAAGCUCAGUGUCUAUCAGUGACUUUUCUAAUUUUUUUUUUUUUUUUUUUUUCAUUUUACAGGGAAUGUAGCUGCAGUUUAUUAAAAAAAAAAAAAAAAAAAAAAAAAAAAAACCUUUAUCCCUGAUUACUUCAACUUCUUUAGUUGAAUCUGAUAGUACUGCAUGUUGUUCUUUUUAGAACAUAUUGCAGCUUUUUUAGUUCUAAAUUUUCACUUUUUGACCUCUGGAUCAUGAUAAAAUGAUCUAUGAACUGUAAACUUUUACAUAUUUGCCAUGUGUCUUUACAAAGUUAUUGUCACGUGUUUAGUGUGUUUUGGUUCUGUUUUCCCCGUUCCUGUCUACCUGAGUUUGCCUGCGUUCCCAAGUUCGUUUUCUUGGUUGUUAAUUAGUUCCACACAUCUGUUCUGUUUUCUGUUGAUUACUCUAUCUGUAUUUCAUCAGUUCAUUGUCUGGUAUUGUUUGUGUUUGAUUUGGUUGUUAUCUCCUGAGUUUGUUAUUGGAUUUAUUAUUAUUAUUAUUAAAACACACACUGCACUUGGAACUUUCAAGCAUCUUAAAAUGAAGAUAUCAAAAGAAUUUGAUCAUCAAAAAAAGCAGAUACUAAACUCUGAAUAAACUCAAAAUGUCUUACAUUUUAGUUCUAUGUUGCAAUUAUGCAUAUAUCACCAUGCUAAUUCAAAUGAGAUUUUGAUCAUACAUCCCCAUCCCCCAACACACUUGCACACAAAGUAAAACUUCCUUGAUGUCAACAGUCUCUGACAGAUCAGCCCAACCCAUGUUUACUUUUCUCUACUGACCAUUUCAACAAU